AACAGCAUUUAUGUACUAUUCAUGUUAUUUCGUGUUAGGUGAUUGAUAGGUGACUUUUAAAUGUUAAAAUGUUUAAUAGGUGUAGUUUAUGCACAUUCUGGCUGUGUAGAUGCUGCAUGCUUCUCAGCCUCUUUCCCUUUAAGAGCAAGGACAAGAGGAGCAUCAGUGGGGGAGGGGUAUAGGCUGGGGUGGAACAGUCCAGUAAUGAGCACAUUCUGAGCAUCAUAUGGCUUAAGACAAUAUAACAUCCUUUUCUUUAUAUGUCUCUAUAACUCCCCCACACAAAAAAGACGGGGGCGUUGGGGAGGGAGCAGGAUCACUCGGACAUUCUUAUCUUUUUUUGAAUCACAGUCUUCCAGGGAAGAAGCUUCACCUCUACAUCACAGCAGGAGCACAGAGAGAGAGAGAGAGGGAGAAAGAGAGAGAGAGACAGAAGCAGGAGCAACGGGAGAAAUGCUGUGCCAGAUAGGUCUUGAUAGGUGCAUGUCUGAUGAAAUGCUGCAUUUUUGUAUUUAAAGCAUGAUCUAGAAAGGAGGCCUUCCUCUCUUCCAUAGGUUCAGGCUCCUGAUAUACUGUUGCCAUCACCGGUGCGGCACAUUAGUGGUGGCGGUGGUGGUGGUGGUGGUGAGUGGGGUGCGAUGUAAUGUCUGGUUGAGCAUAUCAAUGGUGCUGUUGCUGCUGUGUGGAUCUGUGUGAUUGUGGAAAAAAACAGGCCUUGUUUGCCUCCACGCAGGGAAAGCAGAGCGCCGAUGCGAGCCUCUGCCUGGCGGGGCCGUGUGGAGAGAGACAGAGAAGUACACCAUCUGCAUGCCCAUGGGAAGAAGCAGGCGUAAUAAAGGCAUCCAUUACCACAGGCCCGGCACAGACAGCGAGGAGCUUUAACAUUGGGAUAAGAGCCUGAUUAGUUGGGUUGCAUCCCUUUUCCCUUUUCCAUUUUGCCUUGAAAGAUCCUUUUGUCUCCCUGACGAGACUCGAGAUACAGGGAGGAAAGCUGCUUUAGCAUUUCUGUUUAUCACGGUCUUCCUUGCUCGUUUCGUGCUUUCUCUAACAUUCUGAGGAUUUGCCAAAACCUGUUUCAUGCAUGUCCACUGGAGGCAGGUUUGACUUUGAUGAUGGGGGGUCGUACUGUGGAGGGUGGGAGCAGGGCAAGGCUCACGGCCGGGGGGUCUGCACAGGGCCCCAGGGCCAGGGGGAAUACGCAGGGGCCUGGAGCCAUGGAUUUGAGGUUCUUGGAGUGUAUACCUGGCCCAGUGGGAACAGUUAUAAAGGAACCUGGGCGCAGGGGAAGAGGCAUGGUAUCGGUGUGGAGACCAAAGGCAAGUGGGAAUACAAGGGGGAGUGGACGCAAGGAUUCAAGGGCCGCUAUGGGAGGCUGGAAAGCAUCGGCAGUGGGGCUCGUUAUGAAGGGACCUGGAGUAAUGGCUUACAGGAUGGUUAUGGAUCUGAGACAUACUCUGAUGGAGGUACCUACCAGGGACAGUGGUUGAGUGGUAUGCGACAUGGCUAUGGGGUGCGUCAGAGUGUGCCUUAUGGCAUGGCCGCUGUCAUCUUCUCCCCUCUGCGCACCUCCAUAAACUCGCUUCGCUCUGAACACAGCGAGGGAGCUCCAACACCUGAUGAUGGCUCUGGUGUGAGUGGGGUGGCCGGCAGCCCGGUGGGACGUGGAGGCUUUGUGCUUUGUGCCCAAAGUGAUGCUGACCGGCAACGGAAGAGGAAAGGGCGUUUCCGGCAGUCUAUCCUGAGUGGCCUGAAAUUACGCCGUUCUGAGUCCAAGAGCUCCCUGGCCAGCCAGCUAAGCAAACAAAGCUCCUUCUGCAGUGAGGCAGGCAUGAGCACGGUCAGCUCAGCUGCAUCAGACAUCAACUCUAAUGUCAGCCUUGGGGAUGGGGAGACAGGAGCCAGUGUAGAUGCAACAGUCACUGAGACAUACAUGGGGGAAUGGAGGAAUGACAUGCGAACAGGUUGGGGGAUCAGUCAUCGCUCGGAUGGACUGCGCUACGAGGGUGAGUGGUUUGGGAACAAGCGGCAUGGUUAUGGCUGCACCACCUUCCCUGAUGGAACAAAAGAGGAAGGCAAAUACAAGCAGAAUGUUCUGGUGAGUGGCAAGAGGAAGAACAUAAUACCACUGCGCACCAGCAAAAUUCGGGAGAAAGUGGACCGUGCCGUUGAAGCUGCUGAGAAGGCUGCAGAAAUUGCUAAACAGAAGGCAGAGAUUGCAUUGUCAAGAACGAGCCAUGCCCGAGGAAAAGCUGAGGCAGCUGAGGGAGUUGCACAGAGGGCCCUGGAGGAGUGUCGUCUGGCCCGGAUUAUUGCCAAAGAACUCUCCCCUUCCUUCCAUCAUUAUGGAAAUGGACUGGAAUGCCAGAGACCAAAGCGUCAAGACAGAAAAGACAAAGAGGUGGAAGUGAUCUCAACUGGGACGGACAGCCCAGAGCUCUGCACACCAGACACUACUCCUCCAGCCCAGACCCCAGACCUGAGUCCUGUCCUGAGCAACCCUCCAUCACCUCCAUGUACCCCACCAUCUCACCGUGCCAGGAGCACCUGCUUCAUGCGUCAGAGUGCUGUGGACGAACAGGGAGGGGCAGAGAUUCAGGUUCUGGUUGAAGGAAGAGGCAUGGACAAUGGAAGAGGUGGAGCACACAGUUGGACUGCAGACAUGUAUCCCAACCGAAGGGGAAGCAAAGGAGACAGUAGCCGCUCUACCACACCAUCCCUACUGGAGGAGGACAUAGGCCACAUCAAUGGACAUGAGCAAAACUCCUCAACACAUCACUCAUGGGAGAAUGGCUCUUCCAAUCACAAGCCCAUUGAGCACAUCUCCUCAGAUAAGGGAUGGGAUCAUAUGCCAUCCAAUCAAAAGUCCUGGAAGCAUACAUCCUCGAAUCACAAGUCCAGGGAAUACACAAUCUCCAAACACAGAGAAUGGGAGCAUGUUCCAUCAAGUCACAACUCUAUGGACCACAACUCUUCCAAGAUCAAACCGCAAGUGCACACAUACUCCAAUCACAAGGCCUCGGGUCAUAAUUUGUCCAAUCACAAAAUUCAUGAGCAUUCUUCCUCCAAUCACAAGCCAAAGGAGCAUAUCUCCACACAUGCAAAACCACAAGACCGCGCAUCCUCCCACUACAACCCUAGAGAGCAUGUAUCUUCCUAUCGCAAAUCACACGAGCAUGUCCACUCCAAUCACAAACCAAGCCAGACCUUUACCAAUCAUACAGCUGGUGAAUCCAGUCUGAAUGACUACCAGCCACCAGAACAAGGAGCCAAGAGCUCCAGUCUGGGAUGGACUGUUGAGAACUCUUCCCAGUGGAUCCCCUGCCACUCACAGCUGCCUGAGAAAGACAAGGAAAAGCUGGAUGACUACCGGGUGGAAAUGAGGUUCCAGCCCCUUGACUCCGUUUCGCAGCAGCACUUUGGCUCAGGCAUGGAAUGUCCAAGUCUCCAAGGGCACAAUUCGCAGACACUACGUCAGCGGAAUCAUGAAGGAAAAGAGUGGAGUCUCGCAGCCAGGGAAGGAUCCAUGGACUCUGUGCAGAUGCUGGACAGCCUGAAUGUCGGGGUGGAUUUGGAGGAAUGGCCGUUGCACAGGGAUGUCACCCUUUCUCCCCCUUUAACAUCCUCUCCAAUCACUCUAGAAAAUGACAGAGAGCAUCUGAACCUGGUCAAAACAAACUCAGGCUCCAGCUCUGUCCUGGUGGUCAUGGUGAUUUUACUCAACAUUGGUGUAGCCAUUUUAUUCAUUAAUUUCUUUAUUUAAACACAAUGGCCUAGAGAAUGUUAAUAACAGCACUUACUAUUAUGAAAAAGUAAGAUAUGCACAUGCUGCACACUUAGCAUCACUUCUCUAUGUAAGGAACCCAGAAUUUACAUUAGUCAAGCCCAUGUACACUGGAAAACACCAUGUAAAUUGUAAGUUUAGUUUGUGAUUCCAUUAAUGAUAUAUUUCCAUUAUUAUCCAUUAGGUAUCUUUGCUUACUUUUUUUUCCUUCUCCAUAAUAAAGGCCCAGUAACAGUAUUCUUUAGGAAUAAAAGUAUUGCACAUAUUUAGGAUUUGAAGAUACAAUAUUGCCUGAUAUAAUUUGUCAUGUCUUUCAGCUCGUUAACAGAGUUAUUUAUUUUCCUUUUGAGUGCACAUCUGGCCUGAUUUUUUUUUCUGAACAUUAUGAUUGUAUAGCUUAGUGAGAUGGUCUUGUGGUCUUAUGUACAAAGAUGUUCUAGCGCAUGUGAGGUGGUCAAGUGCACAUGGCACUGAUAUGUAACUAGUCAGUCCAAGACUACACACCCCCUUGAAUAUCCCAGGGUACUGCCCUAUAGGACCGCUGCAACCACUCAUCAGUUCAUCCAUCGAAAAUCUCGCAUAUCCAUACCCACACUCUGUAAGUCAGACGUAAAGGCUAUCUUAAAGGGCUUCAUCAUGACACGUUUUCAUCCGAAUCCAAAUUCACAAGUGUGUAGUGAAUGGGGUAAUCCUGCGACGUUCUUCCUUCCUUCUCUAAGACGAACCCCUUUAGCACCAUCACUGAAUGUCAGCACAAUUCAGUCCAUUGCUUCGUUUGUUUUACUUCACACCAGACGACUACAUACACAACUAUGCCAAACAUGCAUCGUACUUCCUGUAUGACCUGAACCAUAACAGAGGUACAUCGAUGGUUGAGUAUUCUGGCUCAUGCUUUGUAAAGUUUGAGACUGUUACCUUUUGACCACUGCUUUCAAUAUACAUAUAUAUAAAUAUAUAUUCUAUAUUAUUGACGAGUUAGUAUCUUUUAACUGUUUGCAAGAUAUCAUUGAUAAUGCUGAGUGCCUUUUUUUAAUUGAAGAAAAAAAAAUCAUCCCAGCAAGCAGGCUUUGUACAAAGUGACGACAUAUACAGAAGUCGCGUAAGGAGGCAUGGAACCAUCUGUCUCUCUUUCUCUCUCUACUCACCUUUGAACUGAAUGGGUUGGCUGUAGAACACUGAGCCCGUGGAAAUUUUUACAGCAUGUUUGUUGGCCUGUAUUCUUCUGCUGUUAUUCUGUGUGACUUUCUGCCUGUCUCUCUGUCCAGCAACUUUAGGUGACAAUAGGGACUGAAAGCAGUGUAAAAAAUGCCAGCUUGUUUCUCAGUGGGACCUGACUGAAAUCAUCUCAAUUAAUGAAUGAUAAAACUGCUACUGUAUAUUUUAUACUACUCAUCCAGUGACAUCAUCAUGUUGUGGAAUCAUUGCAUGCCCAAGCAUGCCCUUUCUUACGCAAUGAUUUAUGAGAUGUUUCCAAGUUAUGUGGAAAAAUUAAUAAAAUGUUUGAGGUUA